AUGGGUUCUUCUCACGUUGUGAUAGUCACUGGAGCCGCCGGGGGUAUUGGUAGUGAGAUUGUCCGCAGUCUCUUAAAGCAACAUGGCGCUAGCGUGGUUGCGACCGACAUUGUCGAAGGGCCGUUGGCGGACCAGAAAAAGGUAUAUGGAGACCGAUUAGAGGUGGUUACGGGAGACAUUGUCAAGCCGGAGGUCUCUGAGCAGUGUGUAAAGCUGGCGAUAGCCAAAUUUAAUCGCAUUACUGGUGUUGUCUUGGCAGCAGGGGUCUUUGGACCAUGUCAUCGGCUUGAGAAUUCGCCAAUGGAAAAAUGGAAAAGAGGGAUCGACAUCAAUGUCCUCUCCCACUUGAGCACCCUUCACUACGCCAUCCCGGAACUCCGCAAAACCAAGGGCUGUGUCAUUGCUGCGACAUCCGGGGCAGGAGUUGCCCCACUCUUCGCUGGUUGGGGGUUCUAUGGCAUGUCUAAAGCUGCGGUGGCAUUUAUGGUAAAGCAGUUGCACCUCGAGGAAAAGGACAUUACUGCCAUUGGUAUCUCUCCAGGCCUCUGCGAUACUAAGAUGGUUGCUAGUCUACGUUCCGGUCAACAGGAUGGUUGGACUGCAGAGGAUACCAAGUAUUACGAGGAUUUUGUGUCAAAGGUUGACAUGGUGACACCUGAAGUCAUCGGAAGCAUCUAUGCGCAGGUUUUGACUCACGCAAAUAGUGAACUCUCGGGACUGGUCAUAGAUUAUGAUGAUCCGCAACUACCCGUCGAGGAGCAUCUGAAGCGAAAAGACAGAGCAGAUGGACCUAGAUCUUACGCGCAAUAUUCCUCUCAGGCCGACCUAUAA